CCUUGAAGAAAAAAAACAAGAAAAUUAUUUUCUCUACUAAAUUAAUUAAUCUUUCCCAGUCUGUUUUGCAUAUUACCAUCUAAUUAUCCUUGAUAGUUAAACAAAAACAAAGCGAACAAAGGAAAAUUGCAUCCUCUAAAAGCAAAGAUGCCCUGUGAUAAUUUCGAAACAUCCUCUUUGACAUAAAUGUCCAAAAAAUCUUUCAGUGUAAUCACAAAAGUUGAAAAAAAAAUAAUGAAAUAAUUAUUUGUCCAUCAAUUAAUACAAUGAACGAAGAAGAUGAAGUGAUGUACGAGGAUUCAGGUAACGAAACAAGCGGAGACGAUGUCGAUUUCGCAAUCGAGGCGGACAAUCCGUCUAACCGAGAUUUUUCUUGUUUCGAAGACGAGUACGAGUACCACUUCGAAGUACUAUCUGCUGACGAAAUUGUCCAGCACAUGGUGGACUGCAUAAAAGACGUCAACACUGUAGUCCAAAUACCCCUAACAACAACCAGAAUUCUGCUAAACUUCUUCAAUUGGGACAAGGAAAAACUGAUGGAGAAAUUCUUUGAUGGCAACCAAGAUCAGUUGUUUAAAGAAGCCAGAGUUGUUAACCCUUUUAAAAAAGUAACAGUUGCCAAAACAAUGGUUAAAAAGGCCUCUGGCACUGAAGAAUGCAAAAUUUGCUUUGUGGUUCACUCACCUACUCAAAUGACUGGUUUGGAAUGCGGCCACCGAUUCUGUAUCCAGUGUUGGAAUGAGUAUUUGCAAACCAAGAUAAUGGAAGAAGGGGUUGGGCAGACUAUUGCAUGUCCAGCUCAUAAUUGUCCCAUUUUGGUGGAUGAUGAAACUGCUAUGGGUUUGCUGAAAGAUUCCAGGGUCAAGUUGAAGUUUCAGCAUCUUAUUACUAAUAGUUUUGUUAAGUGUAAUAGGCUGUUGAGAUGGUGUCCUAGUCCAGAUUGUAGCUACGCUAUUAAGGUCACUUACGUCGACACGAAACCCGUAUGCUGUCAGUGCGGCCACCAGUUCUGUUUCAACUGCGGCGAAAACUGGCACGACCCCGUCAAGUGCGCCCAACUGAAAAACUGGCAAAAAAAGUGCGACGACGAUUCGGAAACUUCCAACUGGAUUGCGGCCAACACCAAAGAGUGUCCCAGAUGUAACGCGACAAUAGAAAAAGAUGGCGGCUGCAAUCACAUGGUUUGUAAAAAUCAGAAUUGUAAAGCCGACUUUUGCUGGGUUUGUUUGGGACCUUGGGAACCACAUGGCAGUUCAUGGUACAAUUGUAAUCGGUAUGACGAAGACGAAGCAAAAUCGGCAAGGGAUGCGCAAGAAGAAUCUCGCGCAGCCUUACAACGUUACUUGUUCUACUGUAACCGUUACAUGAACCACAUGCAAUCGCUCAAAUUCGAGCACAAGCUCUACGCCGCUGUCAAAGACAAAAUGGAAGAGAUGCAGCAGCACAACAUGAGCUGGAUCGAAGUGCAAUUUUUGAAAAAGGCGGUGGACAUUUUGUGCCAGUGCCGUCAAACUUUAAUGUACACCUAUGUGUUUGCGUACUAUUUGAAAAAAACCAAUCAGUCUGUGAUAUUCGAGGAGAACCAAAAAGAUUUGGAACGCGCCACCGAACUGUUGAGCGAGUACCUCGAACGCGACAUCACUCAAGAGAAUUUGGUGGACAUUAAGCAAAAGGUGCAGGACAAGUACCGGUACUGCGAUGGUAGGCAAAAGGCUUUGCUCAGACACGUGCACGAAGGAUACGAAAAGGACUGGUGGGUUUACAACGAAUAGUGUUGUAAUUCCCCGUAUAACUAUAAUGGAUGUUGAUUAAAAUAACUCAAAAAAAAAAAAGGAUAUUUAUUCGUAUUUUUAUCCUUUAAUAAAAUAAUAAAUAUAUAUUUCUUAGAGGAA